AGGCAGAACGUAGAGCCUUAUGGGCCAUAGUAAGUUAGGUGAUUUUAUGCUGUGGUCGAUGGGAGCCAUGGGAGGAUUUCAGACAAGGGAGGGACAUAUCUGAUAGGUUCAUUAGGAGCUCACUUCAUCUGUUGUGUGGAGAUUGGACUGUUGGCAGAGGGGAAGCAGGGAGACCAGGGAGGAGCUGACUGAACUUGGUAUUCAGGUGGGAGGUGGCCACACCCAGACCAGUGGGGGCAGUGUAGUGGUAAGAAUGGAUGAGGGAAGAGAGAGAAAUAGGAGAGGGAGGAAGCUGAGCAAGGAGUGCUGUCAGGUAAAAUUCUCAGCCUGAUCCGUCAGGAGAACUCAGAAGGAUGAGUUAUACCUCCACAUUGUCCCAACAAAAGGCAUGGGACAUGAUUUAAUACCCUUUGAUGGUCAGUCAUGGCUGAAGGCCAUCCAGGGAUCUAAGCUUCCAGGCAUUUUCAGGUCCAGUAACUGGUGGGACCCUCUGAAGAAGAAUCUCAGAUUCAUUCCUUGGGAUAAAAGGAAUGUGAAAGGGUCCAAGUGGACAGAAGCAGUGUCUACUACAGUCACAGACAAGUUCACUGAGAGCGUCUAUGUCCUUGCCAACGAGCCGUCCGUGGCCCUAUACCGGCUGCAGGAACACGUGCGCCGCUCUCUGCCCGAGCUGGCCCAGCAUAAGGCUGACAUGCAGCGGUGGGAGGAGCAGAGCCAGGGAGCCAUUUACACAGUGGAGUAUGCCUGCAGCGCCGUGAAGAACCUCGUCGACAGCAGCGUCUACUUCCGCAGCGUGGAGGGUCUUCUCAAACAGGCCAUCAGCAUCCGGGACCACAUGAACGCUGCUGCCCAGGGCCACAGCCCUGAGGAACCACCCCCGCCCUCCUCAGCCUGAUCUCAGAAGAGACUUGGAGGUGCUUUGGCCCCUCUGAUGCAGAGCCCAGCAUGGCGGUUACCCACCCAGCUCAGGAAUCUUCGCCCCACUGCCGACCUGCCGUGUGACCCUGAGAAAGUCCCUCCCCUCUCUGGUCUCUGCUUUUCCCUUCUGUCAGAGUGGCUCGUCGGGCAGCGGAGGGUGCUGCGCCCAGUGAUGUGUGUUGUAGCUGUCAGCUACUGCCGCAUGACAGACUUUCCCAGAACACUGGGGCCAACACACCAGUCGUGGGCCUGCUCGCAGUUCUGCAACGUGGGCUGGGCCCCGCUGGGCAGGUUGGCCGGGCUGACCUGGAGGCCACCAUCUGGCACUCAUCAGAGUUUGAUGGGGCUGCACAGUCAGAGGCGGCCUUGCUGUCACAUCUGAAUCUUGACCACUGCUGUCUGGCUGCUGGGGGUCCAGUCCUCCUGGGCAUGGCCUCCCAGGCAGGCCAGCCCAGGCUUCUCUGGGGACCGGGUGCCAAAGAGAGCAGCCCCAGCAUUCACGACGUUCACCUUGCGGCUGUUCCAUUGGUCAAGGCCAGCCAUGUGGCCAGGCCCAAAAGCCAAGGGGUGAGGCCUGCAGGGAGGCAUCAACACCAAGAGUGUGGCUGACCACGUGAGGAGAGCAUGGCGCCCAGGAAGGCCGCGCAUGUUGCUCUUCUGUGCCCGUGGAGGGCAGACCCCGGCAGAUGGGAGGCCCCUGAGGGACUUUCUAGCCCUUACUCUUGUAGCUCUCAAAGCCCUGCUCAUUUGCCGGGCACUGUGAUGGCGCUCUCAGAGGGCUGGGGUGGGGACCGGGCCUUCACAGCCCCAGAGCAAUAGCGCCUCCCCAGAACCGAGGGACAACAGAGCUCCUGCCUGUGCGGUGUGAGGACUUCAUGAACAGCUGCUGGGUGCUACGUUUAGCUCUCUCGGGGUACUGGGGAGUCCCACAGGCUGUGGGAUUGCCUAGGGGGCAUCAGGAGGGCCUGGAGCAGGGGGGGCUGCCAAGAGCAUCAGCAGCCCACCCCAGUGGCCUGCACAGGGUUGCCCACCAGCCCUGGGCCCACAGACCACCAUCUCCCUCCUCGUCUUUGCCCUGGUCCCUCCCACCAUCCAGCCUCAAGGAUACUGCCCUUCCGACACCCCGUGUCUUCUACCGUCCCUCUGCUGCUGCAGCCCCUCGGAAUAAAAUGCUCUGUGGCUC